AUGACUCUGGUCUUGAAGAGCAGCUUCAUUCAUUUACAGGAACAUGGACGAUUGACUUCGCGCUCAAAGAGUCUUCCGCCAAAGCUCCAGGUGCGAUGCCAAAACACCACCGACAAGUACUUGGAGCAGGUACAACAUCGGGCCACCAACUUGCAGCCGUUGCCGCCCUUGCCGCCUCCACCAACUCCUGCGCCUGAAGAUGACGAGAUGGCAGAUGAGGAGCAGGACCCGGAGUUCCCAGGCAGCCGUGGACAUCCAGAGUUGUGCCGCCGACCGUGUGUGUUCGUCGGGCAUGGUUCCUGUCAAGCAGGACUGGAUUGCAGGUUUUGCCAUUUCACACAUGACCGUGGCUUUCGGCCUUCCAAGCGCUUGCGUAACAAGAUGCGGGGCUUAAACGUUCCCAGUAUCCUGUUGCUCUUGCGCAACGGCCUGCAGAUGAAAGCCGCCCAACUUGCGCAAGACCUGCCUUCCUUCCACAAUCUACGUGCCAUGAUUGAGCAUGCCUGGGCCAAUGUGGACCAGACGGCAGCCCACGUCGAGCAAACUCUCCAGGCGCGCGUGUCCUCGCAUCCGGUGAGUGCCUUGCUGGGUGACCAGGUCAUCGGCAGGCUGGAUCCCGUCCUCUACCAGCAGAUCCGCCAGGAGUUGACAGCCUUGCGCGCUGGCUGCCCUGAACCUGUCACUCCGUAG